UCAUGGCGAAAGCUGUAGCCACAGAGGCGCGCUCUGAUGUCAUCACACUUAGACGCGUCGCUGGGCGUUGCGUUGCCGCGCAGUACGGGGGCCGAGAAGGGGAGAAAUGUGGGCGCGGGCAGUGUGGCUGACCUCUCGGGGUGUGCUUGGUGGGUGCCAAGCCUUCGCCACCAAGGCGAAUCCUCAGGAAAGCGGUCGUAUCACUGCCGCUGUGAUCGAGCACUUGGAGCGUCUAGCGCUUGUGGACUUUGGCAGCCGCGAAGCUGUGGCACGGCUGGAAAAAGCCAUCGCCUUCGCCGACCGCCUGCGUGCAGUGGACACCGACGGAGUGGAGCCCAUGGAGUCCGUACUGGAAGACAGAUGUCUAUACUUGAGAUCUGACAAUGUUGCAGAAGGCAACUGUGCUGAAGAACUACUACAAAACUCCCAUUGCGUCGUGGAGGAGUAUUUUGUGGCCCCCCCAGGACCUUGUGCUUUCAAGGCAGGCAGUGGAACCACUGAGGUAAACCCCUGGCCCUAUAACAGUCUUUCUUAUUAUUUUCAAACAGGUAAUAUCUCUUUACCAAAGCUGGAUGAAAAAGAGCCCUUCCUACACAGCUGAGUAGCUCUUCUGGGAAGAGGGUACCCUGUAAGCACAUGGAAGCGCAAUGGUGCUAUUUUACUAUAAAUUCUAAUGGUCCUUUCUUCAGUCACCUGAAAAAUACGGAUGCUCAAGCAAGUCUUAGUAACUUAACUCUUCCAAAGUCAGAAUUGGCAAACUCUAGCCAAAACAUUAUCUUACUGUAUCCUGAACCUUCCCUUAAAAGACUGUCUACCAAAUGGAUGUAAGUGAACUUUUCUGUUUAUAUAUUCGACAGAUAAAAGCAUCAGAUCACAGUUACA